AUGCGUCUCCAGGAGAGCACUCAGCGACCCCAGCUCAACCACAGUCACACGCAUCUUCCAAUCGACAACAUCUACGAUGCCACUCCAUCGCCCGCCAAUGUCCGUCCCCGUCGUAGCCCCGAGGUAGAGGCGAGUCCCGCGAGCUUGCCGGGUGCCGCUAGCCCGAGUCGCGAUCUGGUCCAGGACCAGAAAACCCGGAACCAAAAGUCGCAACCUCGUCAAGCAGGCUGUGCUGGCGCCCAACAAGCCAAGCGGGAUGUAGCAAUCGAUGUCGGCAACCCUCCAUCGGAAGCAACAAAAGCGACAAACACGCUGACCCAAGGCGACAAAAGAAAAAAGCCCAAGCAGCGCCCGAAGCCGCCUCUCCAGUUCGACGAGAUCAGCCAGCAGCUCAUGGAGCCCCAAGCCCGCCCUAAGAUCAAGCCCCAGACCCGUUCCAAGGCCAAGGCGCCUCAGAGACCACGCAUGCCGAUCGUCAGCGCGCUCAGAGACUCGGCUCAGCCUUCGAGCCCUCAGGCCACGGUGCCCCGAAAAAGAGGUGCUGGGAAAUGCUCACAGCCGAAGAAGAAGGCAAAGACAGCUGAGGCCAAGGAGCAGCAGCAAACGUCACUUGUGGACACAUCUAAGCAGCAUCCCGAUCCUGGCAAGUCCUCGGCCCCGUUCAAGCAGCAAGCGACGAGAGCAAAGCAAAUUGCAAAGCCGCCCAAGGCCUCGCCACGUCCCAAACCCGACCUGCCAAUCCCUGUCAAGAGCCCCGAUCCUAUUGUUCUUUCGAGCGACAACGACAGCGACAGCGAUUCAGUGUCAGCGCUCAGGGGAGUCCGCUGCCGGUCCAUCGCCAAGCGCCGCGCCGAGACCCAAAUGUCUUUGAGGGGCCUGGAGACCCAAAGCCAAACAAACAGGGCCCAUCCGUCGAGCCUCCUCGGAAACAACACUCACAACCAACAGCGCGAGACGCUUCGAGCGGGGGACCAAAUCGGAUACAGCAUAGGUGGCGCGUCGGCGACGGAAUUGGUGACAUGGAAACCCAUCGACUGGUUCAUCACCGAGACCCACCUUCAAGAUAACGGCACCCACUCCGACGAGCAUUUGCGCCGUCACGAUGCGACAAAUUCCUCGACGAAAGAUUGCCGCGACGAAGUCGAAAACUUGCAGGCCGGCCCGAGAUCAAACCCAUCCGACAAUCUGCCCCAACGGCUGCACCAAUUGGUUGACGCCAUGGUGAAGCAGUUGAGGUCAAAGGAAGAAGCAGGUCACAAUAUUGCAGACGUAUACCGCACCAAGACCGCUGGGUGCAUCGACAAGAUAGGCAAUCGCCAGAGUCAGGAGCGCAAGGUAUUGCUCGAAACCCUGGCAGUCGACGCCGCCAAGUUUCGAGAUGUUGUUCAGCAGGCCAAGAGCACAGUGUCCAACGACAGUCGGCUGAGGGAGCCUGACAUUCGAGAGUUUGAGCGGGACACGGCGGAGCGACUAGCGAUGUACGAACGGGCGACGAAGAGCUUACAGGCCCUGCAUCGUCAGCUGCUGGAGGGAGGUGGGAUCUCUGGGUGA